AUGCUUACUUUACUAGGCCAACUCCGCACCCUCACUACCAGAAUUGAAGCAUACUUGUCGCAAACCUCAAAGACUCCAGCAUCAACAGAAGACCGCGAAUUUGAUACUUUGAGGAAUGAGUACCUCGAAACUAUCAACAACACUGCACUCCAUCUGACCCAUCCGCUAGAAUACUGGUCUAGUAUUCGUGGUGCAUGCGCUGACACGGCCGUCUUUCGCUGUGCAAACGAAUUCGAACUCUUCCAACGCAUACCACUUACUGGAACAGCCACCAGUACUUCGCUUGCUGCAGCAGUGGGCGUAGAUACCGGGGUACUCACGCGGGUUCUGCGCCUGCUUUCUGCUCGAGGUUGUUUCCAAGAAGUAUCUGAGUGCACUUUCGCGCAUACACCCUUCUCGGCAUUUGUACAAGAGCAUCCUCACUUCGCAUCAUUUUUGCGCGCUACCUUUGAGGUGUUCGGUGGCUCGGCCGCUACACUUCCUGAUUCUCUUUUGGCACCCGUGGGGGAGAAUGGAGCCAGGCCUAGCGCGUUUGAGGUGCGGUUUGGGGAAGGGUGUUAUGAAUUUUGGGCUAAGCAGCCAGAGAAGUUGGCGCGGUUCCAACGUGGGCUGCAUGAACCGUUACUCUUGCAUGAGAUCAACGAAUCGUAUAAUUGGGAUGAUGUGAAGGGCACUAUUGUGGAUAUUGGAGGUGGAGAGGGCCAGGUUGCGAGGUGUCUGGCCGAACACUUCGAACAUCUCAAAUUCUUGGUUCAGGACACAUUUGUCAAGGAAGAUGUUAUCGCAGGUAUUGCCCGGGGCGGGCUAGCGGAUCGUUUGCGCUUUGAGGUUCAUGACUACUUCACGCCUCAGAAAUCGCUAGACCAAGGUGCCUUCUUCCUCAAGCACUGCUUGCACAACAAUGACGAUGAGAAUUGUGUGCGUAUCCUCAAAGCAAUCGCACCGGCAAUGGAGAGCAGCGGGCCGGAAACACGACUCAUAAUUGCCGAAAAUGUGCUUCCGGAGUGGAAUGAUACCAGCCUUUCGAGACAGCAGAGAGUAGAGCUUUUCCAAGACGAUAUCAGCAUGCUGCAGUUGUUCAAUGCGAAGAAAAGAUCUGCAGCAGAAUACCAGGAAUUGCUCCAUCAAGCAGAUCCUCGUCUUAGAAUUUUCGGGAUUCAUAGACCGCCAAGGGGCCAAUUGUGCUGUAUAGACGUACGGCUAUCUGCGUAA